ACACAACGCCAUCACGGGAAAAGGACUGCUAUCCACGCAACAUCCAUGCAUUGUCUAUCUCGUUCAUGUCCACAUGCAUUCAUUGCAUUGUUGAUUUUUUUUUUCCAACACUUGGUAGCGCACCGCACCGUGCGCGAUGUGCACGUAACGUGUUCGACGAAAGUACACUACCACUGCACACAUAGCCUCGGCGGGAUAAAAACAGCGAAGAGAUUCAAAAAAACAAGGGAAAGAAAGGUAAUCAGCGGCAGUGAUUUGCUUUUCCGUAACUUGAAGUCGGUGCGAAUCCCGUUCCUUCCGAAACCCCCAAUAAAGCAAAAACCAAAGCCAAAGUAAGCCAAGGUUGUCAAUUCUCACUCUGGGCGACUGCUAUGGUCAGUCACAAGAGAGCGCUACAUUCACAAAACAUCACUUUUUCACAUCCUUUUUAUACUCACCAAAAGCAGAGAGAGAGAGAGAGAGAGAGAGAGAGAGAGAGAGAGGAAUUGGAGGUAUCGUCAAAAUUCUCAGUUUGUCUGUGACUCGCAGAUCCUCCGCUACUUUCAACUCCCUCUGAUUCCUCUUCUUUUCCCGGGAAAUUCGCACUCCUUUCUUAAAUUUUAACACUGCUUUUUGGUUAACGUUUGUUUUGGUUUGAUGUGUUGAAUUGUGGCUGCUUAUUUGAUUGUGAAUGUUGUAAUUAUUAAGAAAGACUAAGGUAUGGGGGGUAAUGGUGGUGGUGUUGGUGGUAGGGUGGAAGUGAUUGGUAGCAAGGGGUGUUCGAGGCUGGUGGCGGGGUUUUCGUCUUCGUUGCCUUCUUUUAGAAGCGCGCGGUUCUCGGAAACAAUGUCUCCCGCUUCCUCCUCCUUUGGCUCCGAGAUGGCGGUUCGAUCAAUUGGUCCGUUUGCUGGUCUCGUUAUAUGUGUCACUGGUUUAUCCAAAGAAGCGAGGAAACAGGUCAUGGAAGCCACGGAGAGAUUAGGCGGUCAAUACAGCCCGAAUUUGCAUCCACAGUGUACCCAUCUUGUGGUUCAGAGUUUUGGUGGACGUAAAUUUGAGCAUGCUUUGAAGUAUGGAUCUAAAAAGGGCCUCUUUGUUGUUACCCUUGGAUGGUUUGUGGAUAGUGUCCGGAAGAAUGUGAGGUUGUGUGAAUCUUUGUACACGGUCAAGAGUGUUGGAGAAACUGGCGUGCGCUUGGAUGAGUUGAAUAGACUGGUUGGGUUUUCUAGUGUUGAGAAUUCUUGUCUUCCUGUUGGUAUCGAUGAGGUCAAGCGAUUUGACAUCACUGAAGAAGCUCAAAAACAACACUCUGGGAAUUCCAGUAGAAACAUUGAUCCAACUCUAACUGGUCGUACUAUGUAUGUUGAUUCAGACAUUUCACCAGAGCUGAAGAAGAAGGUUGGUGAGGUUGUCAUCAGAGAAGGUGCCAUGAUUGUAGAUCAAUGGUUUGUUGGUUGCAGUGCAAGUCACGUAGUAUGUGAAGGGGCAUCUAUCCAGAGAUAUCUUGGACACUCCAACAACCUUGUGACGCCACUGUGGGUACUGAAAACGGUAAAGGAGAAAUGUGCGCAGAGGCUUGUCCAUUUGUCUGCUGAUUUGGCGAGGCAAAUUGGGACACUACUUGAAAAUUCAAAAUACGGCAUUGCAGUGGAGGAGAAAGAUAGGGCAAGUGUCGUUCAAGCUGCCCAGAGUUUCAGAAGGCGUGCAGGCCUAGACGAAAGACAACAGACUGUAAAUUUUGCCAAAAAUGGAGUGAGAAAUCGUCGUGGACGUCGAAUGCAGACUUGUCAAACACCAAUGCGGCCAAUUACGCCAAGCAGUCUACUGGAUUCAAUUUGCUGGUCAAUAUCUGAUCCAACUUCAACCGCUUCUAUUUACACAGACUCAUUCAGUGCUGAAGAUGUUAGUGAAAACCGUACUUCUGUAUUUUUGGAUGCCAAGGGUGAUGGGAAGGAUUCGGAAGCUUCAUUUGCAAACCUAGCACGACCACUUACAGAAAGUGAGAAAGCAGAAUUGAUAUUUAAAAGCCACUUCCUUACCAUACUGUUUCCAAUUGACCGAUUUGCCGAGAUGGGGCCUUCUUCAAGAACUUUUUUCAGUGACAAUGGCUUUACGUGUAUACAGGUGUUGGAUCAUAUUUAUGCAUUUUAUCAGGACAACAUGUCACCUGCUGAAAUAGAGGCUGCAAUUCACACUGAUUCAAGGCAUGCUGACCGACUUAGAUCAGUGUACUCCAGUAAAGAAACAGCAGAAUGCGGUUAUGUAAGUUUUAAACGGGUAGAUUUCUUAGGUAGUCGUCGGAGUUUCGAGAUGUUAAAGCGAGUUAGUGGGGAUAACAGCAGCAAUGUAUACGAGCUCUUGAUCAGAGCAUAAAUACCAUCCAUGAGGGUUGGUGUCGAUUGCAUUUACUGGGUUUUUAGAGAGCAGUGGUCGCGGCAUGCAAGGACGCUCAGUUUUCAUGCUGAGCUAUUCUUCACAAGUCCCCGAGCUUCAAUAGAAGACGUAAAGGUUCUUUCACAUAUAAUCGACAUUCUGUGAAGAUUGAAAGGAAAAUUUUAUUUUUUGUAUCAAAGUUACUCAUACAAGAAAAUGUAUAUUAGGUGUGAUGAACAACAAGAGCAUGUGUAUUGUAUUAAAAAAAUAUUGGAUAGAUGGAGAUUGAUGAUGCUUUUCAAUGAUUAUUGUUUUCGAUUCA